GAAGACGAUUCGUAGUCAUACUUAAUAACCGUAAUUGCAAGCUCAUUAAUAUCGAAUAUUGAGUGUAACUGCAUUCGUAGAUUGACUUUCGCAAUUUUAAGAACAGAAACAUUUAUUCAAUCGGCACGACGAUAGUCCGAACGUUAACCGAAGUCAAUUAAUUGAAAAUCUGGAAAUAUGAAUAGUAAGAGAUGGAAAUGAGCCAUUUAGAAGUCACGUCGAUCAAGUUUAUAAAUUGAGGAGCACAUGAAAAUGAUGAUAUUACAACUAUUAUUGUUUUUAAAUUUAUCUUAGAAUUUACCAUCAUUUACGUCACCUUCUUACGAUAAGUAAAUUUACGGAUGUAAAUUUGUUUCUGGAAAAUUGAAUAUUAAUCAUGUGCAUGUGUAAUGAAAUUUAAAAAUUAAUAAAAAGUGCGGUUGGAUCAGUGCCUGUCUUCUAAAUGACUCAAAUGCAAUUUAUGUUAUGACUAUAAUAUAAAUUAUAAAUAAUUAAAAUAGUUCUUUAUCAAUAUAUAAUUUUUAUGGUACUUAAAGUAAACUAGCCAGGGGUAAUCCUUUCAUGAAAUUAAUCUAAACUUAGGACAUUCAGCAUUUCAGAAAGUCGGAACACAGUCUAUCGAUAUGUUCGACAUUCCUUACUAUAAAAUGCUCGAGAAAUAUUUGCAAAUUGUAGGACAAGAUCCACGCCAAAGAGAUAUAUUCAGAAGUAUUAUUGUGACUAUAAUGGUGAUUAGUAUCACAGGCAUUCUCGUUCCAACGUCAUUAGAAGUAUAUAGAUCCUUAUAUGACAAGGAUAUGGAUGGAGUGAUCGAGUGUAUGCCGCAUUUAAUCGCAGCUAUAACUAGUAUCGUUAAAAUAUUAAAUGUCCAUUUCAACAGAGAAAAUUUUAGAAAAUUGUUCGAAUUUGUGAGGAAACAAUGGGAGGAACUGAAGUUAACCAAUGACUUACGCGUUCUGGAGGAAGUUACCAUUCAAGGCAGCAAAAUGGCACAACUGUACCGAAAUACUUUAUUGAUCUUCAUGGUAUUGUUCUUGCUGGUUCCAUUACUUUUUCCUAUUCUGGAUGUCGUCCUUCCAUUAAAUGAAACUCGACCGCGACAACAAUUAUUUAGAGUUAAUUACAUAUUUUUUGAUCAUGAAGAGUACUUCUUUUACAUAUAUUUACAGCUUGCAUGGGGAUCUGUCAUGGUUGUGAUGAUAAUAGUUACCGUAGAUUCGUUAUAUAUCCUUAUAAUCCAUCAUAGUAGUGGAUUAUUUGCGGUGUGUGGGCAUCAAGUCCAUAAAGCAACUAGUAGUUCAAUCAUAUUCUCUACAGAAGCUAUGACGGAGACUUACACGUACGAACAGAUAAAAAAUUGUGUGAUCACACACGAUAAAGCGAUUGAGUUUUACAAUAUUCUAAAUGAAAACAGUCGAAGUAGUUAUUUGCUUCAAGUUGGAUUAAAUAUGAUGGGUAUAAGCAUGACAGCUGUUCAAACAGUCGCUAACUUAGAAAGACCGGCGGAAGCAGUUAGAACCGGUAUAUUUCUUGGAGCUGAACAAUUUCAUUUGUUUGUGAUCAGUCUACCUGGACAGGUACUUCUGGAUCAUUGUUCUGAUUUAGCAAAUAAUAUAUAUGGGUCUACUUGGUAUAAAAUACCAGUAAAAAUUCAAAAAAUGCUUCUCAUGAUGCAAAUACGGAGUAAAAAACUGUGUACAUUAACGGCAGGUGGAUUGUACGAAAUGAAUAUGGAAAAUUUUGCAAUUGUAUGUAACAUUAUGGGACAGUUAUAA